AUGCAUUACACUAAGAUUUGGUUUGGGCUUUUUGCCAUCUUGGGAAGUUUGGGGGGUCGUGACUGUAGACCUGCUUCAGGCUCACUGGAAGCCAUGCAGUUAGGGGACUUCAUGCUUGGAGGACUCUUUCCAGUUCACCAAAGCUUCAAGAUCAUCAACACGACAAGCAGUCCUAUUCAACACGUGUGUGAAAAGUUCACCGUAUCCAGGUUGAUCCAAUCUCUGGCGAUGAUUGAAGCGGUGGAGGCCAUCAACAAGCCCCCCAUGCUGAAAGAUCUCACAUUUGGCUACAAGAUCAUGGACACAUGCUCUGAUGUGACCACUGCACUGCAACACACCGAUAUCUUCAUGGAUAAAAAUUCUGGCCGCACUAAUUCAUUGUUUCAGGCUGUUAUAGGAGAGUACCAUUCCGAGGUUUCCAUCGCAGUGGCGAGGUAUCUCACCAUGGGUUAUAUGCCACAGAUCAGUUAUGGUUCAACAGCUGGGGUUUUGAGCGACAAAACCCGUUUUCCGACAUUCAAGAGGACUGUCCCGAAAGAUGACCACCAGGCUAAAGCAAUCACUGAAAUUUUGAGGUACCACAACUGGACCUGGAUUGGCAUAAUAGCCACUGAUGGAGAUUACGGGCGCUACGCUGCAGACCAACUUGAGGCGCAUGCCAAUUCCAAAAAUAUAUAUGUGUCAUACCGAGUUGUGCUUCCUGAUUUUCUAAACGAUGAAAGCUUAGAUUCGAAACUCAAUGAAACUAUCAAAAAAAUCGAGAGCACCUCAAAAGUUCAAGUCAUUGUUUCUUUUGCCAAAUCUCACCACAUGGCUUGUUUGUUCGAGAAACUCACUCCCAACGCAUCUGGACGUUUCUGGAUCGCCGGUGAUAGUUGGUCCACGUCACUCGAUGUGCUAAACAAUCGUUCCCUGAAUGAAGUUGGGAAAAUUCUUGGAAUAAUCCCAUUUUCAGGGGACAGCUCUCACUUCAUAAGGUACCUAGAUAAUCUAGAUCUAAACCCUGAUUCACAAUCAAACAACACCAUCCUGCAGCACUUCAUCAAAGGAGAGUUGAACAAAAGCAGAACCACCAAAGAAAUAAGAGAAACCCUGAAGAAAGCUGUAUGUCCUAGUGCAGUGUUUAGCGUAGGGUUGACUGUGAGUUUUGUCGCUAAUGCUGUUAAAGACAUCUGUUCUCGAAAAACCUGCCGUGGAGGCUUUGAUAUUCAACGCUCUGAGGCAAAUGCAGGUGAAUGUAUAGAUUGUCCAAAGAAUUUCUGGUCUAAAGAGAACUCCACCAUUUGCUCUCCCCAAACGCCAAUUUUCCUGUCCUGGAAAAAUGAAUACUGUAUCACUAUUCUGGUGUUUGCUUGUCUUGGCCUCCUUUUGACACUGAUUGUGACACUGGUGUUUUUAGUCAAACAUGAUACCCCGGUGGUCCUCGCAGCAGGGGGUCCCAUCUCCAUCCUGAUCUUGCUGUCCCUGCUCGGGACGUUCACCAGCGCCAUCUUGUUUGGUGGGAAACCCACAUGCAUACAGUGUCAAAUCGGACAGGUGCUUUUUGGCCUGAGCUUCACCCUGUGCAUCUCCUGCAUCCUGGUCAGGUACUUUAAGGUUCUGCUGGCCUUCCAGAAUGAAUCCGCUGCCAAACGGGUCAUGAAGAAACUCUUCCUGCCCUACUGGAUCAUUGGCAUUUGUGUGCUUAUCCAGGGCAUCAUCUGUGGUCUCUGGUUGUGGUUGAAACCACCCAAGGUUUUAGAGGACUCCGUGAUCAGGUCUGAACUUAUCAUCCAGUGCGAUGAGGGGAGCCUGCUAUUCUUCGGACUCAUGCUGGCCUUCAUUAGCCUUCUGGCUCUGGUGUGCUUUGGAUUCGCCUUCCUGGGACGGAAGCUUCCCAAGUGCUAUAAUGAAGAGAAGUGCAUCAGCAUCAGCAUGCUCAUCUACAUUAUCAGUUGGGUGGUGUUUUGCCCCAUCUAUGCGAACAUGGUUCAAUUGAUCAAGUACAAAUCUACCGUUCAGAUGGUGGUGAUGCUCUUCUCUGCAUACGGGAUACUCAUCUGCCACUUCAUGCCUAAAUGUUACAUCAUCCUAUUGAAAAGCGAGAACAACACCAAAGAGUUUUUCAAAAGCGGCAUUCGGGAGUUCACCAGACGCUUCCGCAAAAGUUCACGAGUGGAUCGGCAUAGAGCUGGACCCGACCGGCCAGAAAGCGUAUUUACUAUUGACUCUGGAAUCGAGAACAUAAUAAAUAGGGUGUACUCAAAUCCCUACCCAACAGGCACUAUUUCCUCGUUUCACCUGUCCAUAGAAAAUCUGCCCCAUGAGGUCAGUGUGUCUGCAGAUUCCUUAUACGAAUUCUCAGUGUCCUCUGGAUCUUCAGCAGAGAUGAAUGAGGAAAACCGGCAACAACAGACUUUAAGCGGCUCCCAAAAACUCCUCCUAAAGAUUAAGAAUACCCGUACGGAGUUCAGGAGAACCUCAAGCGUCCCGAAUUUUUAA